AUGCCUCCAAAACGCAUGACCGCGAACCCCGUCAGGCCGGGACGCCACUUCGCCGGCAAAGCAGCAGGAGGUUCAUCAUCCUCCGAUUCAGACGACAGCGACGCCGAACAAGAAGUUAAGCCCGAACCCCCAAAGAAGCGCACCAUCGCACCGCCGCCAAAAGUCCCCAGCGCGGGGCGCAUCAUCAGCACAAACAGCAGCAGCAGCAAAGCAAGCGAAGAGGCAAAGAGACUAGCAGCAGCGAAGAAGCGCGCCGAGAUCGAGCGCAAAGCCAAAGAGGAGGGCUUUGUCACCGAAGACGAGGACGAAGACAGCGAAGAGGGAGAGGAAGAAGGCAGCGGCAGUGAGGAUGAGUCCUCGUCAGAGGAAGAGAGCAGCGAGGAGGAGGCACCAAGACGGUUAAUGGUGCGGCCCAAGUUCAUAUCGAAAGCCAACCGUGCAAAACAAGAAGACCCCGCACAAAAGGAGGAAGAGGAAGAGGCCAAGCGACGUGCCGAGGCGGACGAGCUGGUCGAGGCACAGAUCCAGAAAGACCUAGCCGCGCGAGCGGCGGGCAAGAAGCACUGGGACGACGACGAGAAGUCAGAUGAGGACGAGGUGGACGACACGGACGACCUGGACCCGGCGGCCGAGUACGCGGCGUGGAAGCUGCGGGAGCUGAAGCGGCUGAAGCGGGCGCGCGAGGCCAUUGAGGCCAAGGAGGCUGAGAUCGCGGAGAAGGAGCGGCGGCAGAACCUGAGCGAGGCGGAGCGCGCGGCCGAGGACGAGGCGCUCGUCGCGCGCCAGCGCGAGGAGAAGGACUCGCGCGGCAAGAUGGGCUACAUGCAGAAAUACUUCCACAAGGGCGCCUUCUACCAGGACGAGGCUGCUGCGCAGGGCCUCGACAAGCGCGACAUCAAUGGCGCGCGCUUCGCCGACGACGUGCGCAACCGUGAGCUGCUGCCUGAGGCGCUGCAGAUGCGCGACAUGACGAAGUUGGGCAAGAAGGGUGCCACAAAAUACAAGGACUUGAAGAGCGAGGACACGGGAGCGUGGGGACGGUUCGAUGACCCGAGGCGGCAGAGGAGUCAGUGGGAUCAGUAUCGUGACGGGGAGAGGGAAGGCGACAGAGGCGGUGAUUACGGUGGAAAGGGGGCGAAUGCUAUGCCAUUGGGUCGGAGGCGAUCCAGGUCAAGGUCACCGAGACGAGACCGCGAUGACCACAGAGACAGGAAAAGAGAGUACCCCAGAGAGAGGGACCGAUAUGACGAUGACAAGCGGAGGAGAGUGGACUCUAGGUAG